AUGAAUCUUCAUUUGAAGAAUUUGAAGCAAAUUGGCAACAUGAUCUAUAAAGAUUCAAGGAGAAUCGAAGAAGAAUAAAUUGUUGAAGGACUUUCAAGAUCUAUGCUAGCAGCUGAAACAUUCUCACAGGAAGAAGAAAAUUUAUCAUUGUGUUCAUUACCUUCCAUGUGUUCUUCAUCUGGUUUAACAGAUGAUGAUGAUGCUUCUUCUUCAUCUUCUUCAAAUGGACCUCUUGAAGAUCUCUCUGACCUCAUGUCGCACCUCCCUAUCAAGAGGGGAUUGUCAAAGUUUUAUGAAGGAAAAUCUCAAUCAUUCACAUCAAUAAUAGCAAAUGUUAAAAGCCUUGAAGAUCUUAUGAAGACAAGUCUUAAAAAUAGAAACUAUGGAGCAAGAAGAAAGUCAAGGAGCACUGUAGGAAUAAUAAUAAAUCAAAGCUACAAAAUGGUGUAGCCUAAAGCUACAAUCUCCAAAAAAGCCACAACAAGAACACCUUCCUCUGCUCUCUCUUGUCUACCGAGAAUAAGACUUUAG